GGAAAGUAUACCAUUCAUCAAGUUUGCGUUUGGUCAAUCAACUGGCAUUUAACUCGAUAAAUAAAUAUUAAGACGAUGAAUAAAUCUUAUUGCAUAUUGGCUUUUGUUGCAUCAUCAGCGUUAAUUGGAUGUACAGUUUUACAAACUGUCACCAAAGUGUCUGAUAUUACGUUGGAAAUAGCAUGUGCAUUCAAGGAGACAUCUUAUGGAGUGUUUACUCGAAAACAAGUGGGUAGUAAUACAUCUGUGGAUGUCAUAAGUCUGAAUCUAUCUGCGUGUUUUACUACCGACACAUCUCCGGGGGUAACUGCAGAAUGUAUUUGCAAUCAUAAUGUUGUGUGCAAUAUUACCGGAGUUUUCGAGGCUGACCUCGUGGACCAAUGGCAGUGUCGGACCUAUAUGCACGGCCAUGUAACUAUAUACAGUGGAGAAGUCAUUCAGUCACACAGAGUUUGGGCGUCUACGUUUUCUCCGACUCAAUUAACUGAAAACCAUACAGUACCGUAUGUUGAAAGCAAAUCUGAACGAAUUACAGACGUAACGUUUACUACAAAAGAAUUGAAAGAAAUAUACACCACGAAUUAUUCGAUUGAAUAUACCACAUCGAAUUCGAACUACGUGAAUAUUUUGAACAACGGAGAAUCGAAUACGGGUGAUGAACUGAGCAAUAAAGUGACAGAGUUGGCUCUCAAAAUAGCCGGACCAUUCGUAUUGUUAUACAUCGGCAUGGCACUGUUUAUAUUUCGAAAGAAACUCUGCUCCAUAUGUGGACAACGGUGA